AGUGUAACAGUUUUGGCAGCAUGACCUCCCCUAGUUGAUGUCGUGAGGACCAAGACUCACUUUCGACGCAUAUGUGCGCUCUGGAAAACUGUCAAACGGGUUGGGCAAAGUAGUCGAUGGCUAGUCACUGACGUCUGUGCGAGAGUCCUGGCGUUAACACCAGAUAACAUCUCGGCUCUGGCGGAGACGGACACGUACUUCAUGAAUCCAUCGUCCAUCUUGAGCGCCUCGUACUGAGAGUCAAUGUCUGAUAACUGAGCAAGAGUAUGAUCCCCGAGUAAGGCAUGACUGAAGUCUUUGGCCACACUUGUAGUUAGCAUAUACGUAUUUUAUAUUUGCUCCAGAAUAUUUUGUUUAGAUUUGUCUCUCGCCAAACUCAAGCCUUCCAACACUCAGAUCAAAAAUCCAGGAUAACAGCAUGUGUCGCAUGAUGAACGUCUAAGAGCUCUUAUGUGGAAAGAACAGUAUUGUUGUAUUCGCACAGAUCUUUAAAAAAAUUAUAAAUCUACAGCCGUGUUUCGGAAUAGGUGUACAUUCGCCGUCGUGACUUGGAAACACAAUGAAGAUAAACGAGAAUAUCAAUGCCAAAGAUUCUUGUGAUUCAGAAGAGAGCGCCGAAUGCUUAACAGAAGCGAGUUGCCUUGGUGCCAUGGGCCAGGAGGUGAAGUAUUCACAGGGGACAAAGGAUGAUGUCGACGAGAAGCCACCAUCAGAGAACGGGAGGAUCAAGUAUAGGCAAGUCAUCAAAGAACUUAGCGAUCGAUUCAUGGAGAGGGAUGUCACUGACAGAAACCCUAUCGUUGCCUGCUCCCAGGAGGGCCAGAGCUCUAGCAACAGAAAGAAAAGUUUCGUGAUGCGGUCUUCAAGACGCAAAACCUGCAUCAAUCUGCCGAUAGACAAAAGGUUCAUGUCCGAAAAACGUGGGUUGAAAUUAAGCGAUGAUAUGCGAGGAUCUGAAGAAGCAUCGGCAGUCUCACCAAGUCCAGGGAUUUCUAUUGAUAAGGGGAAAGAAUCAUCUAUCAAUCCUGGUACUGAACAGGUUUCAAAACAGGUAGACAAAGAGUUCACAGAGCAACCACAACUCUUGGCUGUCCUAGAAGCCCUUAGUCAGUUUGCCACACAAAGUCUUGCCGUCGGACAGACCUGUGCUUCAUUCAAGGAAAAGUCUACGAAAGCUUCAUUCACUGACACAAAGUACAAAGCGAAAGAGAGGGAAGCCGAAAAUUCACAGAGUGAAAGCAAGUAUGCUUUUCAUGAAAUUAUGCAAGAGACAUCCAGCAUGUCCCUCCCAGUCGUGGAUGGAAUUUCGUAUCCUACUGAUGUUGAGGUAUGCACGGCAAAACUUUCAGAGUUAGAUCUUGAGAAAGCAAAGCACCGAAUAUGACAAAGCAGAAAAUUUACAUCUAAAUGGAGAACAAAUAAAUGUAGACAUCGAGAACUCAGACAAUAUGAGGCCUGAACCUGCAAUUUGUCUGACUCUAAAUGGAACCAAAACGUUUUCGGAAAAUCAAGAGGAAAACAUUCAGGCAGAAACAAUUUCUCAAGAAUGCGCAGUAACCAUAAUUAUCAAUCAAGAUACAAUAGACUUAAAAUCUGAUAGAGCUGAAAACAUGCAGUCGGAAUUUUCAAGCUGUCAACUUAACGACGAAGCUAAGAAAAUCUUCCCAGAAGAGCGAAGACUUAAAAGAGAAAGAACAUCUGGAAAAACAAGAUCAUGCACUUGAAACCAAAAUGCCCUGCACAAAAUCUCUCGUUGCUUUGUUCUCAAAUAUGCACAACAAAGCGCAGUCUCUGAUUAAUUGCGAGAAGGAACGGUCCAGUCUCAGUUUCCAGUUUCCCAAAGCUGAGAAGACAAACACUACUAAAUCGUCCUCAAACGUUGCGGAACAACAUAUGUCUGCGUCACGUGUUUUCAAAGACAUGUUGCCAGCUGAAACUACCCUUCUAGAGGAUGCCUGCUCUUUCAUGACCCCUUUGUCCGUUCCGUCAGGCCAAAAAUCAGAGGAUGCGAAGAAAUAUUCUCGUGAAGUCAGGGUUUUCAUGCCUAGAGGGUUAAGCAGUCCAACUCAAAUUGACGUUUCUCCUCCGGACCAGCAGGAAGUGGAGACAGAACUGGCGGACACAAACGCGCAGUCCGUGGAGGCUAUACUACUGGUGCUCGAAUCCAUGCAACGCACUUUGAAGAAAAUAUCUUCAAAGACAAUUCUAUUGAACAAAGAAAGGGUCAGGAAGACAUCUUGCUAGGCGAGGAGCAGGGAAACAAUGACUUGGCCAAGUCUUCCCUGCACGGCUCCACACCAAAGUCGUUGUGUGUGCAGGAGAGAGUAGGAGGACGCAUGUGCAAGACUCGCUUAGCCUACAACAUUGCCAACCACAUAGUAGGUCAAGCAAUUAGAAAAAUUGUAGAACUUUACCCGGAAUAUUUCGCAAGACUUUCCUCGUGUCGCUCUGGAGACCUAGAGGCACAGUCCAAAGACUUUUCUUCUUCCACAUCUAUGGCCAUGGAUGCCUUGAGAGAAGUUUUGAACGACCUCAACGGAGAGUCUGACGGAAGUGUCUUGGAAGCCGAGGUACCAAAAUUACUAACAAGCACAGCGGUUGGGACGUCAGAUUUAUCUGUAGAUAGUUGCAUCACCGAGUGCUCAAGUAGCGUAGCUUUCAGAGUAGUCAAUGAUUUCGUCACGGCAGUGGUGUCUGAAACUCAGCUUAAUAAUAAGACCGUGCAGACGGAAUCUGACUUUAACUUGCUCCCCACUCGGUCUGACGCUGAGGGAAUGUUGCAUUACUAUUGUCCUGAGAAGCAGGCAUGGAGACUGUCUUAUGACCUGGUGGCGAGUGCAGUAAAGGAAGCCUUUUCCUCUGUGUCUGACCGCAGAGACUCUGCCUUACGUUCCAUCAGGCGCUCGGUCAGUGACCCAGACUUGAAGAAAGUCUUCAAAAGGAAACGCAAAGUUUCGGAGGCUGGGCUAUACAACGAAACGGAUGGAGUACACUCCUCUGUCGAGUCCCUGGUGGCAGAAGGCGUUGUGAUUGAUGAACUCGUGCGCACCUUGUCUGACAACGUCUAUCACCUGAUGUUAAAUGUCUACAGACACGUGGAUGUUCCUGUGACGAAUGAAGACGCUGGCACCGGCGAAUUCAAAGUUGAAGACGCCUCCUAUGGCUGCUACGACACUGACUCUGCUUUGUUGUGGAAGAGAAUUCUUUGUUGGAUAACAUGGACACAGAGAAAAUAGCUGCGUUCAAUUGUAAUCACUCGACGCUGAAAAGGAAACAGCCUGAGUCGGAGGGACUCGUUUCGUCAUCUGCGGCAGCAUCCCAAGCAGGUGCUUUGCUAAGGGAAGUCUUGGAGAAAAAUAAAAAUUCCGGAGCUGCUACACAAAUGCAUUCACGAGGCGUUGAGACGAAGCCAUGCAACCCGGAACCUGAUGAGGAGGACAGCAGAUCGCCAGGAGUUCACCACGCAUAUUCCCAAGCAGGAGAGAAAAGCCGGCUGAGCACCGCAGAAAACAACUUCUGGACAAACCACGCUUAUUCCCAAGCAGGAGAGAACAGCCGGCUGAGCACCGCAGAAAACAACUUCUGGACAAGUCCACUUUCCCAACCAAUGGUCGACCUCGGUGGCUUCCAGACCUGCACUGCUGUACAGUGCCAGAUGUCCGAAAGCUCUAGCUUGGACGUAGAGAGCAGCUUGGAAGGUUUGCUCACAUCACCCGAUCAGUAUCACAUUCCACAAGCUCGUGUAUCAGUGCCUCGCCUCAACGAUUGCGAGUCCAGCGAUUCCGGCUUUCCCGCCAGCGCAUCCCGUCUGCUGCAUUUGAACAUGGAGCGUGAACAGAUGAACCGGGAGCUGCGUGGCAUUCUGCAGUACUGCCUGCAGCGCGACCCUUCAUCCUUGUUCCGCCCCCUGGAUACGCCGGCGACGGAGAUGACCAUGGGUCACCCUGACUUGGUGCUAUAUGCUGAUGCCUUCCGGCCUGGUCCUAGCAGCAACCGCGGUCGAAGUCCUCGGCUCCGCAGGGAGGAUCCUUUGACAGAGGGAACCCAAAGCUGAACAAGGUACCAGCAAAAGCGUGACCUCGCUAAGGAACGAGCUCCCAGACCUGAAAUCAGCAUGCGUUAAUCAUCCGGGACAUCGGGGUGUCAUCCGUGCCAGUCGACCCACAAAAGAGUUUGGCUCCAUUAGUGAACCUCGUCUAAACACGACUCGUGGAAAUGCCAGGCAGGAUUACCUUUGCAGUACAGAAGAACCGUGUCAGUUGUCCCAGAGCCCUGACCAGGGCUGGGUACAUAGCGGUCGUGGCGAACUAGCGCCUGCUAAUUCACCUCACUUAGAACUGAAUGUUUCGGAGGAAAAUCAUUCAAAAAUUCCUUUCCAACGACCUUAUUUCGGCAAGGUUUUUACUGCCGAAAAUAACGAGGAUGGUCUGGCAUCGUUCUUUUUUCAUACUUCUGCGAAGCAGCCCGAGAAGUACUACCAGAUGCCGGCAGAGAGCUGCGUGCAUGUUCAGCCACCAACGUUCGACCGAAACGCCAUUCAAAUGUUCGAUAGUCAAAAUAGUUUUUCGACAUCAUGCUGCGGUUUAUCUCACGCUGAGCAUAAAGAUGCCUCCACAAGUGUUGGUGACUCCACAGAACAGCUUGGCAGCAGAACUUCCGUGGAACAAAACAAUUUCGUACAAAUGGCAGACCCUGUCCCAGCAGAGAAAACCGUCAGGAUAGAGAUGCCUGCACAAAAUAACAGCCCUGGUGCUGUUCCCUUUCCGAGCGUAAGGGCACAAGGUCAGACCUGGUGCAACUUCUGUGGUUGUUAUAACCAAGCAUCUUCUGAUGAACAGAAAAGAAGUCUGCGACCUGGCUCCAGAGAUCUUCCCCACAAGUCAUCAGGCAGAUGCUAACGACCAGCAGACUCAACAGUUUUUACGUCAAGUCUUCAAUCUCCAUCGAGUCAAAGAGGCUAUCGACGAGCAGCUACAAGAACUGAACGCUCAGUAUAUGGAGAUGAGGAAGCUACACUCAGCUCAACAGGAAAAUGCGUUCACGCCUCGUUACCCUGACUCGCAUCUCCACCAGCAGUCGUCUCCCCUCCAGCAGUCGUCUCCCCUCCAUCACACCCAGGUGAUGAACCACACGACGGAGGCGCCGACAGUACCAAGUCUCGCGCAGCACGAGAUAGACCGAGAAAGACGAGGGUUAAGAGACUCAAUAGCGUGCACAACGUCAAGAGAGACAGAACAUUUCAUUGGGGAUAUAGGUGGUGGUCAUCUGCCAAAGCAGCACAUCUAUACCUCUGGUUCACCGUGGAGGCAGGAUUUGCAGUAUUCUUUUGGUCCGGAGGCUGCUAAAGUCGUUGAGGACAAACCAACAGAAGCAUGCUGGGCCAACUUAGCGAUGAUGAAGUUGACGAUCGAAGAGCACUUGAAACAGAUGCAAUCAUCCGUGAGGACCAUGCCAAGUGUGGCUUGUACCGUGCAGAACCAUCUGGAUGAUUCUCCUCGGUGCAAGCACCACCUCCAACCAUGUAUUUCGGCAAUGGAAAGGAGUAGUCAUCGGACAAUUCACGACCUCAGCCCACAACUAGAUCUCUGUUCUUAUACUCUGAGACAGUUUCAGGAAGCAAACUCUCUGAAACAUGCACAGGUCCGAGCACAGUUCUGUCCGAACAUAUCACCGGAAUUGUUUCUUUCUGGAGGCCAUUCCAAUUUCAGACAUCUUGCAAGGGCUCCUGACAUUCCUUUCGACAGCAGGUCUCAGAAGCCUUUCAUUAACGAGGGGUUUAGACUUUCGGACGGCCUGUCAGAGUUGUCUCAAUAUGUGACGUCAUCACCAGUUUGCGGACAGUCGGCGCCAGUAGGCGUUUGUUCACAGUGCAAUCCCGUUGACUGUCUGGCUCAGACCAUUUCUGCUGUUCCACAAUCACAUUCCAACUGCAACACCACCUCAAACUUGUCCGGUAGAUGGGAGCCAUGGGAAAGUGUUCAUGACCUGCGUACCAGUGGCGAUACGUUUUCGUGCGUAGGACUGGGGGAUAAUCCAGAAAAGGUUGUCCAUAAUGAAAAGGAUGUUUACUUAUGUAAUUCUAAUGCAGCAAGCGAAGUAAGCCUUGGCAACAAUGGCUGUCAUUCAAACGCUUGCGACUUCACAAGCAAAUGAUUGUAAUCCGGGUACGAAGUUGGACUCGAAAACAUCAUCUACCUAUCCAGAUGUAAUGGACCCUCAGGACAGUGUCGCCAAGCAACUUUACUUUUCUGGUCAACCUGUCGGAGUGUCUAGUUCUGAGUCUGAGGCAAUAAGCAAUCAUUUAAAUUCUCAGUGUGAUGCAAAGCAGGCGCAAACUUUUCGUACCCGAUCAUUGUCCCCCGGUUCUAAUCAACACCAGCCACUGAAAGGACUUUCCCUGAUUCCGUUGUUGAUGACUGACAGACAGGCAGGAGUUUUUCAUGCUUUCGACACCUCUGCACAUACCAUCUUGUCCGAGAGCUUCAGAAGGGAUUCAUUGAAAGGUUGUGCAAAAACAGAGCUCGGAAAUUCGCCAUACCUUUUUAGGUCACAACCUCUAGGCGCUGUCGGAAUAGUCACAGAAGUCGAUGCCGUGUCUAGCUGUGUUGAUACCGAGAGAAAAAAUGCUGCAAAUUCCUCAUCAUUUACGGCGGAGAAUCUUGGAGCCAAUGCGGUCACAGGGCAUACUAACCUCGAACAAGAGCGUCAAACGGACCGCAUGGUCGUGCUACCGAACAGUUUCCGAACAAUGGUGCUGACGAUGCCGUGCAUGCUGGUCACUUCAGCACUGCUGCACUUCAGGGAAUCGAGGAAGAUGAGAAUGUUUCUCGCUCCUUUUAUGUCUCUCUCCAGCCUGACUGCAACUUAAACAGCACAUAUAGCAAGCCAAGCCUGACGAAUUAUCCCGCAACAUGUGCAGUCAACAACGUUAUUGUUAGUGCCGAGUUCGCAAGAAUGGAUGCUCCAGAUGGCGUCACCCAUGAAGUUUCCUGUGAUCUUUCUGAAAAUUACAGAACUCAGGUUCCUGCUGGCAGUGACGGGCAUUUUAAAAGUGGAUGUGCUAACACAAGGUCUGAGGACACGCCCAUGGAAAAAGCUUUAGCUGAUGAUAAUGCUGAGCGACGUCCCGGCGUGUACACAGAAAGUUCCUUUCCCGACGUGGUCACUUCGCAGGCUGGACACAGUGGUGGUUCAGAUUCAGAAAGGUGAGAAAAGCACACCAAGCUUACAAAAUUAGCAACUCCAACACCUCCGGUUUUGGAUUCAGACAGGACCAUGACUGUAGAGGAAACACUAGGAACCGGCGGCAACAAGUGACACCAGGCACCAAUGGUCGUAACCCUGACGCGAAGUUUUGGCAAAUCUACAAAUCAGAAGGUGAAGAUGUCCAAAAAGUAGAAGCAGGCGAGCAGAACUAUACAGACUUUUGCUCCUUCGCUCGUUCCCCUGACCUCGGCAGUGCAGAUCGUCUGUAGAUCCGACUGAACGUAAAUCUGUGGGCGAAGAUCUCCCUUACCCAGGCUACGGCCAUUCCGUUAGGAAUCAUGGUAGGUUCCUCCCAAACCCAGACGCAACCGGCACCCCUAACUUCUCCUUACACAAGUCGACAUCCAAUUUGAAUAGUUUUGUGGCUGAAGAACGUUUACCUAGAGAGCUUGGCAUCAAAGCUCCUCUCAGCAUAAACUUUUCUGGAAGUAAGGCUGGCGACAGAUUCCUCAAGUCCUACAGGCAAGUAGGAAGGAAAGCUAGCGUCAGCUGCACAGAGUUUUGCCAGAAAAGCCGCCAGGGCUGUCUGGGUGGAUCCAUCUUAAGUUGCAGCCAGAAUCCAAGAAGUACGGAGGCCAUUCCAAGAAUCGGAGAACAUUCUUUUCUUGAUGUACCGCGUGUUUACAGUCAGCACCCCGGAUGUGGCGUCAACAUAAAUGGAAUGAUCACUACAACGACAACGCCAUCUGCCAUAAGGAACUCAACCCGCGAGAUGACAUGAGCAUCCAGGCGCGCCUGCGCUCUGUGGAGCACGUGCUGCGGAGGCUGGAGGACCUGACGCACCGUGGCGGUGACGUCAGACAACGUCAUGUCAACACCGCACUGCCCGUCACAACCCGCAGGGAAGUCACAGCGCCUCAACUGGCCUGCGGCAGUCAGCAGCUUCUGCAGGUAAGACAGCUUGUCCAGCAUCAAAUAUCUGGAUCAAAGGAGGUCCUGGAAAUGGGGAAGAAUAUGGCUUCAUCCUUAAGAUGCAGAAGAUACAAACCAGACUCUGGCACUGCUGGCAGUUUGGGCUUCAGCAGUCACAGCAACGCUUCGAGUUCCAUCUGUUCCGUCAACCCUGUGCCAGACCUCAGCGACAGUUCUAUGAUGUCUUUUCCCAGCGCGUCCACCCAGACUUCUUCCUCUGGCUCUGGCAGUUGUUCCGACACCAGCCUUUCACGUGAGAAAAUAGAGCGACAAUCUUUCAAGAUCCAGUUCCUGUAAAAUCAAGUUCAUCAAUUACGACAGUGAAUUCCAAGGAAUUAUAACGAUCAAAUGAAGUUCAACACACACACACACACACACGGAACAUUAAAGAAUAUUUUUAUCAAAUGUGUCAA